CGCGUGUGCGUGUGUCCGUGUCCAAUGUUGUACAUAAAAAAAUAAGUUCAAAUGCUCAGCUUCCAGAAACUCAAAUGUCUAUGGGUGGAACCCUCGUGUCGUGCUUGCAAUGAAACGAAAUCCAGGUUUGGUGUCGACGCCAAAUGAAACAAGCUGGAUCAGGCUGUGGACGUGGCCGAGACACGCAGGCUGUGCAUGUGUGUCUGCUGCCUGGAUCUUCCACGUGGCUGCCAACACACUCACUUUUCCAUUCGGCGGCGGUUAAGAGCGCGCGCCUGGCGCAGUGCAGAGCCCGCGGCGCGUUCACGUACCAGCUGCAGAAGGAGGCGCUAAACGCUAAUACUGGCCUGAUCAUGGAUAGACAUCUGAACAGACUAGUCCCAUCACUUCUGGUUCUGGCUCUGAUCCUGCAGGUUCACCGAUCCCAGACUGCACCUCAAAGAGAGGAUCCAGAGAGAGUUCACCCAGAUUCCAAAUUGCUGACCAAUCCUUUUGGUUCAGGAGAGGAGGAGCGAAGGUUGCUGCAGCGUUACAUUGAGUUAACAAAAAAAGACGAUGUUCAGAUCAACUCUCGAGAUGAAGAGGUGUUCUACCUACUUCGUCUGUAUGACUUCGACCGCAAUGAACGCCUGGACGGCUUGGAGAUGAUGAAACUGCUGUCUGACUACAAUUCCCAGCAUGCAACUGAAGAACAGGCCAAUGACAUGGAUGUGGUGUCCCUGGUGGAUUUCCUUCUUCAGAGUCAGGAUGUGAACCGGGAUGGUCUCUUGACUCCCUCAGAGCUGCUGUCUCUUCCAUCAGCUCACACAGAGGACAAUCAGAUCGAGGAUCGGCAAUCGGAUGAUCAGAAGGUGAUUCUGGACGAGGGGAUGCCAGACAUGGAUACCAAGCAGGAGAUGAUGGAAGCAGCCAAAGAACAGGAGGAGCCCGGUGAAUACGGUCAGGCUCAUCAAGAGGAGGUGCAACACGAAGUUAGAGCAGAAGAAAAACAAGAAUCCAUGCAACACGAAGAUGAACACAGAGGACAGCAAGUCCCGGAAGACUUUGCAGCAGAGCAGAGGCAUGAACAGGAAGUCCCUGUACAUCAGGGCCAACCGGAAAUAUGAACACACAAGCACUGCAGAAGACUGAUGGAAUAUAGGGUGGUCAUAUAUUGGCAUCCAUUGUCUGAGACCACUUCUUUGCCAUAUUUAUGAAACACGAGCAGAAGGAAAUCUUCAAUUAAAAAUGCAAUCUUUUAUUCAAACUCCAGGUAAACAUUUCAGACUCGUAAAGCAUGUUCAAUGAUUAGUGUUAUGGAACUAUGCACUUUUAAGACCACUAGAUAUGAUUUCCAGGAUUUUGUUCGUUCUGUGGACGGAUAUUGUUUACAUGUCGUGCGCCUAAUAGGCGUGUGCAUAGUGCAAUGAAAUCAACCACGUCUUCCUGCUUGACUUGUUCGAAACAAUAAUCGAGUAAUAGGGAAUUCUCUCUUAGUAUGCCAAACCCGAUAAAAAGACAGAAUUUGGAGAAUUUUAGUGUGACUCAUGGAUGGCAUAAAAAAUGUUCACUUCAUGAACUCCAGCUUCCUAAUAGCCGUCUGAAAAUAUUCAUGAAAACAUCAACAUUUGAGUACCCAAUUCUGUUGUGUACUGUAUCUGUAUUGUAGUGUGUUAUGAAUGGGUUCAUGCAUUGCUGUAAAUUGUGUCCCUUUACCUCUUUUCUGAACCGUUUAUACAAACCCCGCCAGACAUUAUACUUUUUCUUCUACUUUUCAUUCUUAUUUGUUUUUAUUUUCAGGCUAAGGAUUUACUAAAUGAGUAAAAUUCUCAAUUUCUCAAA